AUGAAUGACGGACAUCAUGAAUUGAAAACUGGUUUAUCGUUUCGACAGGUUGGUUUAUUCAAAAUUGACACAUCGGAGGAUAGUAUUCGGCGUCGUCUCGAGGACACAUUUCAUGUCGUCAUGCGUAACCUCAAUGACACAGUUGUUUCGUCUUAUCUCGGACUUAGUCAUUUAACUCGAGCCGGCGCAUUGAGUCAUCACACGGCCUAUUCAAAAGUCUCUUUCGACGAUCAUCUGACAGUUAUUUGGGAUGAUACUUACGUCUAUUGUCAUAAGUCGAAUGACCACGAACUACAACGCGCGUGCUAUUCCGGACAUAAAUCACGACAUCGCGUCAAAAUGAUGAGUUUAGUCUUUCUCGAUGGUUAUGUACUGGAUUUGAUCGGUCCAUUUUAUGGAAAAAAACAAUGA